AACCUCUUAACGACGUCGUUGGCUGCCACUUGGGAACUCUGUGAAAGAACAUCGACCUCUGACGGCUGCUCCGGCGGCAAGUCCAACCAUUUGCUGGGGGCGGAACGGAAGUUAGUACGCCAGAAAGCAUUUAUCUUUAAUUGGAGUUCGUGUGUUGCGUGGGAAAGGUUGAAGAAGGGAUUAUUAAUUAUUAUGUUCGUUUCUAAGUUUUAUCGUCUAGGAGUUCAUGCAGCCAAACAUUUGAUGAAAGCUCCACCUCUUACUCAGAGGACUCCAUAUUUUUCUGUGGUUCAUUCACAAUACAUACAUGGCCAGAGACAUCAAUUGUUUAGUAGUAUAGCUUCAGAACUUGAAUCCGAGGGUGUAAAUGAAGAAAAAAUAAAUGUAACAUUUGUUGACAAGGAUGGAGAGGAGAUGCACAUUAAGGUCCCUGUUGGAAUGUCAAUGUUAGAAGCUGCACAUGAGAAUGACAUCGAGCUUGAAGGAGCAUGCGAAGCAUCGCUUGCCUGUUCAACAUGCCAUGUUAUCGUAAUGGAUAUGGCUCAAUACAAUAAAUUACCAGAUCCUUGUGACGAGGAAAAUGAUAUGUUAGAUCUUGCAUUUGGACUCACAGACACGUCUCGCUUGGGAUGCCAAAUUAUUGCCAGACCUGAACUUGAUGGUCUUCGAUUAUCAAUUCCUGGUGCCACAAGGAACUUCGCUGUCCAGGCUAAACAUUAGUAUUAAUUAUUUAUUAUUCUUACAGAUAACAAGAAAGAUGUCUUGUUCUUAGACUAAAAUAAAUUUAUCCGAUAAAUUGCCGAAGAGAAACAAACAGGCCUCUGUACUUUUUCAUCAUCAAGGUAACCUAUUUUUGGAUCG